AUGAAUACAGAAUCAGUGAGUGAAAUGGUUGUGAAUCAAGAUUUCACUGAAAACAGGAAUAUUUCCAUCCCGUCUUAUUUCUAUAUCAGUGGUUUUUCUGGUAUGCCUCAUAUGAGAUACUAUUAUAUAUUUCUGUUUUUUGUCUACAUUAUUACUGUGCUUGGAAAUUCUUGCCUCAUGUUUGUUAUCGUUAUGGACCGAAACCUUCACACUCCUAAAUAUUUAGCUGUCUUUAAUUUAUCGCUGACUGACAUUAGUGAGAGCACCGCUGCAAUCCCUCAGCUACUGGAUACGUUUUUGUUUGGGAAUCAGCUGAUCCCGUAUGGAUUGUGCAUGUCCAAUAUGUUCUCUGUUUUGUUAUUUCUCGCAAUGCAGUCACUAACUCUCACUAUUUUGUCCUUUGACAGAUUAGUAGCUAUUUCAUUGCCAUUGAGGUAUCAUAUGAUUGUGACCCACAGAUCAAUGCUUGUUAUAAUUGGUGCUUCAUGGACACUAGUAUUGUUGCUAACAAUCAUUGGAGUAAGUUUCAUGAGUAAACUUUAUUUCUGCAAAUUUAUUGUCACUGUUAACAGUUUCUACUGUGAUCAUGGGCCUAUAUAUCGUUCUGCCUGUAACAAUAAUUUCCCAAGUUCUGUGAUAGCCAAUUUGUUUCCAGCAAUCAUCCUUGGGUUUCCAGUAUUUUUUAUUAUCUUUUCGUACACAUGCAUAGCUGUGACAUUGUUUAAAAUCACAACCCUACAAGACCGUCAAAGAGCCACAAAGACAUGUUCUGCUCAUUUAAUAUUAGUGGCUAUAUUUUAUGUACCCAUCACUUUUACAUAUGCGUUUUGGCCUUUUAUUAAUACUAACACAAGGAUCAUUAAUCUUUCUCUGACUUCUGCACUUCCUCCAAUGCUUAACCCUAUAAUCUACACAUUCAUGACAGAAGAGUUCAUGGUGUCUGUGAAAAGACUUCUUAAACGAAGAUUCAUAUUCCCAUCUCAUAAAUAA